AUGCAUGUCUCACUUUUCCUACUCAGUGUUACGGCAGCGUUUGCCAGCCCAACACCCCAUAACUAUGUUGUUCAUGAGCGGCGCGAUGCAUUGCCCAGUGUCUGGGUAGAAGAAAGCCGGCUGGACAAAGGUGCCCUACUGCCUAUGCGGAUAGGGCUUACUCAGUCCAACCUGGAUCGUGGCCAUGAUUUAUUGAUGGAGGUGUCUCAUCCACAAUCGUCUCGCUACGGAAAGCAUCUCUCCAGCGAGGAGGUGCACGACCUAUUUGCCCCGUCGAAUGAGGCCGUCGAGACCGUCCGAACCUGGAUUGAAUCCGCCGGAAUUGCUCCAAGCCGCAUCUCGCAAUCAUACAACAAGCAGUGGCUACAGUUCGAUGCCCAUGCAAGCGAGGUUGAGCAGCUUCUGCAGACGGAAUACUACAUCUACACCCAUGCCGACACGGGAAGUUCCCAUGUGACAUGCCACGAGUACCAUGUGCCCGAAACCAUCCAAUCGCACAUCGACUACAUAACACCAGGAGUAAAGAUGCUGGAAGUGCGCGGCACGCCCUCCAAAAAGAGAGAUGCAGAGAAGCGCUCUCUUGGCAGUCUGCCCCCAAUCUUAGCACCACUACCAAUCAAUAUCACGAAGAUUUUCGACGACCCGCUAGCACACUGCGAUCUGGCGGUAACCCCAGACUGCAUUCGAGCCAUGUACAACAUCACCAAAGGAACAACAGCCACAAAGGGCAACGAGCUCGGCAUCUUCGAGGACCUAGGAGACAUCUACAGCCAAGAUGACCUCAACCUUUUCUUCGCCAACUUUGCCAGCGACAUCCCACAGGGAACCCAUCCAACCCUCGACUCCAUCGACGGCGCCACCGCCCCAACAGACGUCACCAACGCCGGCCCCGAAUCCGACCUGGACUUCCAAAUCGCCUACCCAAUCAUCUGGCCCCAGAACACCAUCCUCUACCAAACCGACGACCCCAACUACGAAGACAACUACAACUUCAAAGGACUCCUCAACAACUUCCUCUACGCCAUCGACGGCUCCUAUUGCAACGAAACCUCCUCUCUAGACCCUCAAUACCCAGAUCCCUCCCCAGGCGGCUACUCCUCCCCCAAGCAAUGCGGCGUCUACACCCCCACAAACGUAAUCUCCAUCUCCUACGGCAGCCCCGAAGCCGACCUCCCCAUCGCCUACCAACGCCGCCAAUGCCACGAGUUCAUGAAACUCGGCCUUCAGGGCAUCAGCGUGGUCGUCGCAUCGGGCGACUCCGGCGUCGCCUCCAGCACGGGCACCUGCUUUGGCGAUGCAGACAACGUCUUCGUCCCAGAUUUCCCAGCCACAUGUCCCUAUCUCACCGCAGUAGGAGGCACAUACCUCCCCCUAGGCGCAGACGCAGCCAAGGACCAGGAAAUAGCAGUCACCCGCUUCCCCUCCGGCGGCGGCUUCAGCAAUAUCUACGCCCGACCAUCCUACCAGAACCACUCCGUGGAGACCUAUUUCUCCACUACCAGCGACGACCUCACCUACCCUUACUACUCCGGAGUAAACUACACAGACUUCUCCAACACAGAUGGGGUAUACAACCGCAUCGGACGAGGAUACCCCGAUGUUUCAGCUAUCGCAGACAAUAUCAUCAUCUACAACCAGGGCGAAGCGACACUGGUGGGUGGUACGUCUGCCGCGGCGCCGGCGUUCGCGGCCAUGUUGACGCGCAUUAACGAGGAGAGGCUGGCGAAGGGGAAGUCCACGGUGGGGUUUGUGAACCCGGUGCUGUAUGAACAUCCUGAGGCGUUUAGGGAUGUGACUGUUGGGUCGAAUCCCGGGUGUGGGACUGAUGGGUUCCCGGUUGCUGGGGGGUGGGAUCCGGUGACGGGGUUGGGGACGCCGCGGUUUGAGGAUUUGAUGGAUAUAUUUGUGGGUGAUGAUUGA